AUGGAAUCUCUCGACAACUCGUCUGCCAACUCCACCGACACCUCAGCGUCAAAGCGGGAGAGAGCUCUGGGAAAGAUCCUGUGCGAAGCGGCGUCGGAAGGAGAUCUGGAGCAUAUCAAGCAGCUGGUGGAGUCGAACGCAAGCGUGGACACGUGCGACUACGACAAGCGAUACGCCAUGCACCUGGCCGCAGCUGAGGGUCACGUGGAGGUGGUGAGGUAUCUCAUCUCACAGAAAGGGAACGUCAACGUCAAGGAUCGGUGGGGCGGGUAUCCUCUCAAGGACGCGGCCGUCGGAGGUCACACGGCUGUGCGAGACCUGCUGCUGCAGCACGGCGCGAAGAUCGACGAGGCAGACCAGCAGGCGCUCGGGCAGCAGCUGAUGUGCAACGCUGCCGCCAAGGGCGACUUGGCACAGAUCAAGAAUCUCGUGGCGAAGGGAGCGAGUGUGAACGCGUGCGACUACGACCGUCGCUCUGCGCUGCAUCUGGCAGCUGCUGAGGGGCACGACAAGGUCGUCGAGUUCUUGAUCCAGUGCGGAGCCAACGUGAUGUGUGUGGACCGGUGGGGAGCGAGUCCGCUCAAGGACGCUGUGAGGGGAGGGCACACCCGGGUACAGCAGCUCUUGUUUGAUGCCGGGGCGUGCAUGGAGAACAAGAUCGAAGCUGUGAAGGCUCAGGUGAGGAGGAGGUGGAGGAGGUGUUUGUACUGA